GUCCUGGUCCUCGUCGGCGCUGCGGCUCCGUGCAGCUUCCUGCUCUGGUCUGCUCCACAAACAGCCCUUUCUUCUCUCUCCUCCUCGCCGAGGAUCAUGUGCCUCUCUCUGCGGCUGUCUGAGCCUCUGCACCAGGAAGUCAGCCUCUCCUCCUCCAGUUGACGGCCCCGCUCUUCCUCCAUCUUCCCCCGCGGAUGUCUCCUCUCUGAGAGCCCGGAGAGGCUGGAUUAAAGCCCGAGAGACGCUCAUGGAGGCCCCGCUGGAGGAGAAGGAGCCGUCCGUGGAGAAGUCCCUGCCUCUGCCCACCCUGAGCCCGGCCGUGCCCCCCUAUGUGACCCUGGGUCUGACGGUGGUCUACACGGUCUUCUACUCCCUCCUCUUCAUCUUCGUCUACGUCCAGCUGUGGCUGGUCCUUCGCUACAGACACAAACGCCUGAGCUACCAGACGGUGUUCCUGUCCCUGUGCCUGCUGUGGUCAGCCCUGCGGACUCUGCUCUUCUCCUUCUACUUCAGGAACUUUGUGACGGCCAACACGCUGGCCCCGUUCCCCUUCUGGCUGCUCUACUGCUUCCCGGUCUGCCUGCAGUUCUUCACCCUCAGCCUGAUGAACCUGUACUUCGCUCAGGUCGUUUUCAAGGCAAAGUCCAAAUAUGCACCUGAGCUUCAGAGAUACAGGCUGCCGUUGUACCUGCUCUUCCUCUUCAUCAGCCUGCUGUUCCUCAUCGUGAAUCUGGUCUGUGCUCUGCUGGUUAAAACCUCGUCUGCAGAAGUUCACACCAUCGUUCUCAUCAGGGUCGCCAUCAACGACACGCUCUUCGUCCUGUGUGCCGUCUCGCUCUCUGUGUGCCUCUACAAGAUUGCAAAGAUGUCGCUGGCCAACAUUUACCUGGAAUCAAAGGGGACGUCGGUGUGUCAGGUGACGGUCAUUGGAGCCACCGUCAUCCUCCUGUACUCGUCGCGUGCGUGCUACAACCUGGUCGUCCUCGCGCUCUCCAACAAGAGCAUCAACUCCUUUGACUACGACUGGUACAACGUCUCAGACCAGGCUGAUUUGCAGUUGACUCUUGGUGACACCGGGUACAUCGUCUUCGGCGUGGUGCUGUUCGUGUGGGAGCUGCUCCCAACAUCUCUGGUGGUUUUCUUCUUCAGAGUCCGACAGCCGAAUCAGGACAGGAGCGGCUCUGGGAUUCCCAGUCACGUCUUCUCCUCCAGGUCGUACUUCUUCGACAACCCACGGCGUUACGACAGCGACGAUGACCUGGCGUGGAGCGUCAUGCCUCAGAACAUCCAGGCCAGUUUGGCGGCCGACAGCUACGAGUGGGGGAGUCAGAGCAGCGGGAUCAGCGCCUACAUCGGAGGAGACGACGGUUACCUCCUCCCUGCUCCUCCUGAACACCUGGGACAUUACUGACAUUGCUCACCUGUCCACAUGUCUUUUACUCUCUGUAUAUUUUUGCACAGUCUCUGUCGGUGUCAGAGGCACAUCGUGUGGAUGGAUGAAAGCGUCCUCGUCUUACUCUCACUAGAACUAACAGACUUCUCUCUGCCAGUAUGUACAGUCCACUGAUGAGGCGUCACGUUUGCACACUCCUUGUACAAAGUUUGACCUAGUCAUGUCUACUCUUAGACGUUUUACUUGUAUAGAUAUUUAAUAGUGCUAAUAUAUUUCUGACUUUUGUAAAACGUACUGUACUGAUGUUUUAUGUACUGUCUGUGGACACACUCUUUUUCAUACACAUUUUUUACAUAGAGGAGAUUCAUUUAAUUCAUAUUAAAAAAGUGGAAAUGCUGUG